AUGCUCAAUUACGAGGAGAAACGAGCGUAUACCGUCGAUUUGUGGGAUCCUGGGACAAUGUUGUACACGGGCAAAAUUGAGAUUUCAGUCCAAGAUGUAGACGAGUUCUUCCCUGUCGUGAAAAACGCGAACAACAAUAUCGUCUCUUUCACAACUCCUUGGGUGAUCUCAAGAAGAACGAAAAUAGGAACCUUAGAAUUCACAGACAAUGAUGGAGGAAAGUACAGCAUCGUCAAGGUUUACAACUACGAAGAUGACCUCACAGUGCCUCGAAAACUGGAAGUCGACGAUGACAACAACGUUUUUUUUAUCGCGCGAAAUUUCUCCACUAGUUUCAAGGAGCGUUUUAUUGCUUCAUCUGGUGACCGCCGAACAGUUUUUUCUAUCAAAGUCAUGAGAAGCAAUCCACCUAAUUUUUUCCUCUGGUCAAUUCCAGUCGUCAUUCUUGUCGCAAUCGCCACUGCCGCCUUUUUAAUGUAUCAGCGAAAGAAAGACCACUUGGAUGAGAUCCGAACCGCUUCAGAUCCAACUCCUGACGUUUAUUCAAGGGAGAAAAUUUGCAAUUUGGUAGAUGAUUCCAAUUCAGAAACAGUUCAAAUAAGCCAAACUGCUACAACCAAAUUCCUCACCGACGACGAUCUUCCCAUUAUGAAGGAUUAUAUAAGCAGUCCUUUAGGAUGCCGAUUCGAGCAAAACUAUUUUGUCGUAACAACUCCAGUAAGCAAGUUCUUGUCCGACUCUGAUUCAGAUUCAGACUGCUCUGAAAACUGUGACUCGCAUCGUGGAAACAACGACCUCACAACUUUGAGAAGAGGUGGAAGCAUUCAAAAUGGAGAGCUUCAUAUCUAG